AGACUAGCCUGGAGCAUGCUGCUUCCAGCCAUGAGGGGUGUUGGGUUGGUGAUACUGACCCUGCUGCUGUGCCCCAUUCCAGCUCAUGGCCUGUGGUGCCAGGACUGUACCGCCAACUCCAGCCACUGUACCUCGAAGGAGUGCCAGCCGUCAGAAACUGUGUGUGUCAGCAUCCAGAUCACGGACCCUAGUAGCAGCAGGCAGUAUCAUCCUGUGAACAAGAUGUGCGCUGCCUCCUGUGACUACAUCAAGCGGCACUUUUUCUCAGACUAUGUGAUGGCGUUCAUUAACUCUGGGAUCCUCAAAAUGGAUGUAGAGUGCUGCGAGAAGGACUUUUGCAAUGGGGUGGCUGCCGAGGUGGGGCACAGCACCUGGGCCCUGGCUGCAGGACUCCUGCUCAGCUUGGGGUCUGCCUUGCUCUGGGCCAAACCCUGA